UCAUGUAUGGAUUUGGAUCUUUGGUUGAACGCCGCUACCGCAAGUUAGCUUAUCAGUUAGCAUCGCGAGGCUUCUGCUAAUUGAAUUCUUUGAUCAUGUUGAAUCUUUCAAUGAAACACUGAUGGCCAGAUGAAGCUUUGAUGAUUAGUAGUAUUGACAACCGUACUGGUGUGAGAUUUAAGCUAUUUUUGUGUGUUCGUGGCGUGUAGCUCCUGCUGACUGGUUCGCUGCUAGUUUGGCUAACGAUGUUUGCGGAGCUCAACAGCAUCUUGAACGUCAGCCCGGAACACUUCAGCACGGGAGAGUUUGUGCUGCUGUCGGACAGGCAAAGUGAUGCCUCUUUUCUCCUGCACCACUUCCUCGGAUUCUACCUCAGAGCUGGCUGUCAAGUGUGCUUCGUGGCUCUGGCUCAGUCGUUCAGUCACUACAGUGCAGUUAGCCAAAGACUGGGUGUGAAUCUGUCUCAGGCCAAGGAGAAAGGUCAGCUCGUGUUCCUUGAAGGACUCCAAGAAUCCUUGUCCAUCCUCAAUCCGCACGAUGCUAGAACAGGAAGUGAGGCCAUGGAUUUCCUCAGGAAUCCCGGGGCAGGCCUGCAAUGUCUCUUCCAGUUUGUUUCCUCCAGUGUCGAUCAUUCCAGGGGAGCAGAGGACGGUGGGCGCGGGCCCCCCGUGCUGUUGGUGGAUGACCUGAGCAUGCUGCUGAGUCUCGGCGUCGGCGUGGAUGCCGUGCUGGAUUUCAGCCAUUACUGCCGCACCGCCAUCUGCUCACAACUGAAGGGCAAUGUGGUGAUGCUGCUGCGCUGCGACGGAGAAGAUGACGACGACGACGAUGUUGGAAGUGAUGAUGGUUCGGAGAGGCUGCUGAGGGGUUUGACUCACCAGUGUAGCCUCGCUCUUCAUGUGCAAAGUCUCCCGACGGGAUAUUGUAGGGACAUUCACGGUCAGGUGGAAAUGUGCGACAGGAGGAGACAAGCCGGCGGUCAACAGAGGAAAAUGACUUUUCACUUCAAAGUUCACGACAAAGGGGCUUCCUUCUUCGCUCCGGGGACUUCCAGCGCUGUUCUCUAAACUCGGCACGUCGAGGCAUUCCUCAUGAGGGAUUGGCAAAGAUGACGGAUGACACCUUGCACAAAAGCAGACGGCAAAUACAAAAGCAAUUGAUGAUUGUGAAUGCACAUCCGGAUGCUCCUUCUUUUAGGAGAAAUUGUUUUUCUCAUCUUCCUAAGUUAUCAAAACCUUUUGAAGGUGA